CCGCUGCCGGUGCGGUGGGUGGUGCUUUUAUUCUUUGUCAAUCUGGAACCCUGCUGCGCGCUCUCUGGCAUUGCAAUAAGAAGGGGGAGGAAAAGAGAAUUCUUGCUGCCUGGAGGAAAAGAGUAGAAAAUGCAAAACAACGAAAUUAUAAAACCUGCCAAAUACUUUUCUGAAUUGGAAAAGAGUAUCCUGCUUGCAUUAGUGGAAAAGUAUAAAUAUGUGCUUGAAUGUAAGAAAAGUGACGCCAGGACAAUUGCACUUAAACAGCGGACCUGGCAAGCCCUGGCCCAUGAGUACAAUUCUCAACCGAGCGUCUCGCUUCGAGAUUUCAAACAAUUGAAGAAGUGCUGGGAAAACAUCAAGGCACGGACCAAAAAGAUAAUGGCCCACGAAAGGAGAGAGAAGGUAAAACGAAGCGUUAGUCCACUGCUGAGCACACAGGUAAUAGGAAAAGAGAAGAUUGCCAGCAUGCUACCUGAGCAAAUUUACUUUUUACAGAGUCCUCCGGAAGAAGAGUCGGAAUACCACCCAGAUGCAGCAAACCAAGAACCUUUUCCUGUUUCAAAUCGAGAGCUAUGCGAGGAAGAGAAGGAACUAAUUCAUUUCCCAGUUUGUGAAGGGACCUCACAGCCUGAACCUUCGUGUUCAGCGGUCAGAAUAACAACCAAUAAAAACUACCGGAGCAGAGCCUCUCAGGAAAGUGCUUUAAAAAAGAUGCAUGAAGAGGAACACCAUCAGCAAAUGUCCAUUUUGCAGCUGCAGUUGAUCCAGAUGAAUGAAGUGCAUGUGGCCAAAAUCCAGCAGAUCGAAAGAGAAUGUGAAAUGGCAGAAGAGGAACACAGGAUAAAAAUGGAAGUUCUCAACAAAAAGAAGAUGUAUUGGGAGAGAAAACUGCAGACUUUCACUAAGGAGUGGCCUGUGUCAUCAUUUAACAGGCCCUUCCCCAAUUCACCGUAGAGGAUGGGGAAUGAACAUACAUGUGAAUUCACAUUUAACAAAGGUGUUUGGAAAAAGGGGUGUAUGAGAUAAAUCUGUGAAUUUACAAUUUGUCAGAGUUGGAAUGAGACCAAUUAAAUGUCAGAGUCAAAUGGAAAGUAGUAACUUUUCUGAGAUUACAUUCAGGUAGCACACAUGACUUGACCCCUUUCUGACUCCUUUAUUUCUAACCACUUCUACUAAGGAUGAGGAAAGAAGUGAUUUUGAUUUUUGAACAUUGUAGCUAUAAGUGUGAUCAUUCUGAAUGUGAUAUUGUCUUUAAUUAGAAGUCACACAAGAACUCUGUGGGUUUGUUUUUUUAUUGUUUUUUUAAUCAAAUACAAGGUAUUUAUAAUGUGACCACUUAUUAAUAUCAUUUGGAUUACUUUUUACUAACAUUCAAGGAUUUGUAUGUGCAAAUGAGGGUUGUUCCCUUCAAAGGCAUCCUCUUGGGAGGCCAAAUACUUGGUCCAGUGAUCCUACCAUUGCUCUAAACGCAUCUGAACCUCUUCUUAUGGAAUUAGCUUCCAUUUUCAUUCUUUUAGGUGAAAUUGGAUUUUUUUUAUAAUAGUCAGAAAUCAUCCAGAACCCACCUAGUGCUUGGGGAAAAAAAUGGUAUAAAACCAAAGCAUGAAACAAGGAUCUUGGCCAAGAGACGUAGACAGUGGAAUAAACCUGAGUCUGCAGAGUAAUGGAGACAGAUUGAAGGUCUCAAAAUGGCAAAAGGAAUAUACCAAGUAGACAGUGUAGUGAAGAGGAAAGAAUACUAGCUUUGAAAUCGGAACACUUGGGUUCAAAUCUUGCCUCUGACAUUUAUUACCCAUGUGAUCUUGGGUUCGUGUAUGAUCAUUUAUCCUUCUUGGGCCUGAAUUUCCUCAACUAUAAAGAAGUUGUAUUAGAUGACCUCAGAUCCUUUCUGGCUGUAGUCUAGGGCCUGAAAUCCAAGUUCUCUUGGCCAGGAUUGUGUUAGCAUAAUAAAACAGGAUUGUGAGACAAAUUUUGGAUAAUGGAGAGUUUAUUGAUAGAGACAGAUAGAAAGACAGAGGGAGCAACAGAGAGAGGGAUGGAGAUACACAGACUGAGAGAGAAAGACAGAGGCAGAGACACGAGUAUAAAGUUUUGUUACUGUUUGUCUUGGAAAGGUACUCCCAAAGAGGAGUUUGAAUUCCAAAACUAUUCUGAGCAAUGGUAGUUUAUAUCAUUGAACAAAGUAUAUGGCCUCCAGGGUGACCGGGAGGAAGGAAGGCAUUUCCUUGGAUGUAUAUAUACAUUUGAGCACAUUUUUUUACAUUGUCUUAUUAUUUUAUAAUCACACCCUAUAUAUUUUAAGAAGGGACUGCUCUCCUGGCAAGUGGUCCAAAGGGCUCCCACCUUUUCCCUGGAUUUUCUACCUACUUAGAUAGUAUUAAAUUAUUGAUUUCCUUUUAUUUGGGCUUCCAGUCACACCCAAGGAGAGGCUCAUUCACCAGCCAUGCCAAAGGUGCUAUCUUAUAGUAAUUUGAUAAAAUGAUGCAUUUAGAGAGUAGUAAGCUGGUUGGUUGCUUUUCCAUCACCAACCUAUCUAUCUUACCAACACGGACUUAUUCAACAGAAACUUUGAAAAGUGCUUCCUGAGCAUAAAUGGACAAUUUGGAGAAGAAAGGGCUAGGAUAAGGUGAUAAAUGCUGAAAGAGAUGGCAAAAGCCAGUCUCAUUAGAGCCCUGGACUAUCAAUCAGAAGAUCUGAGUUUCUGUUCUACUUACUUACUCGCUGUGUGACCUUCAGUGGGUCACUUCCCACCUGAGCCUCAAUUUCCUCCUACAUAGAAUUAGAGGGUUGGACACAAUAGCCUCUUAGGGUUCCUUCUAGUUCCCAAACUAUUAUCCUUAUGACCCCUCUGAGCCUCUGUUUCCUCAUCUGUAAAAUGGGGAUAAUAAUGGUUGCACUAUCUACCUCACAGAGUGGUUGUGAGGAAGAGUGCUUUGUAAACUGUGAAGCGCCAUGUAAAUGUGAGCUAUUAUUAUUAUUUUACAUUGUAAGGUAGUUCAUUGGUUUCCCAAGGCAAAAACUUCCCAAGGUCACAUGUGAUGAGUUAAAGAAUAAUGAAUAGAAUACAAUCUAGAUGGACACUAUGGGGGGAGAGGGCUGGAUUUGGGAUUAGGAGAUCUGGGUUUGAGUUCCGCCUUAGACACUCGCUGGCUGGAUGACCCUGGGAAAGUCACUUAACCUUUAUGAGUUUCUGUUUCCUCAUCUAUAAAAUGAAGAUAAUAAUACCCGUAUCACCUACCUCACAGGGUUGUUGUGGGGAAAGAAUUUGUCAAACCUUAAAAGAUAUAAAUGUAAGUUGUUAUCAUGCUUACUUUCUGGAGGACAAAAGACCUAUCUUGCUUGGAGCAUCAGUGCCAAGAAUAUCCUAAAACAAUGGGUCUGCAGAAGGUUUGUGUGCACCAAGCAAGAGCACUGUAUUUCUAAACACCUGAGGCUCCUGAAGUCUUCUGGGCUUUGGAUACAUCACUUAUUUUCUUUUUUUAAAAAAUUAUGGGGGGCAGCUAGGUGGCACAGUGGCCUUGGAUUCAGGAGGACCUGAGUUCAAAUUCAGCCUCAGACACUUGACAGUUGCUAGU